CUCCAAACCCGAGGCUAGCUUCCAUAGCUUCCGCAUCCUCUGCCUGCGCCUGCCAACACGCAUACUAUUCCCACAGUCAGGUACCACCCUUGGAAACCCCGACGACAUUCCCUCCUGCUUCGCCGAAUCUUCACUUUCGCCCAGAUCGAGAGCACUAUUUAUCGGCCCCGCCCCCGCUCACCUCCCUCCCCAUGUCCCGAACUCUCCGUUUCCGCCGCUCAACCUCACCCACCCACCCAUAAGCCCUUCUGAUUCAUUCGAGAGUCACAACUGCAGCUAGACCACCCUUUGGACGGUGAAAUCACUAUAUACUUGAUGGCGCCUCAGCCUGGCAUCAACGGCGUUCUGCCAGCCAGCGUUCUACAGAAGAAUGCGACCAACACGUCAACUCCCCGUGGUCCCAGGGCAGCGCAGCCACGUCUCAAGCUAGUUCUCCGAAGACUGCCGCCUGGCUUGACGAAGACCGAGUUUGAGAAGAUUUUGGGGGACGAGUGGAAGGUUGGAGCGGGCAAAGUGGAUUGGUUCGAGUACAUCAACGGCAAGGUUUCUAAGGACCCAGCCAAGCCUUCCCGUCCCGCUAGAGCGUAUAUCCGUGUCGUUGCAUCCCCACUCGUCCUGGCGCUCAAUGAGGUCGUUCGGCAGAGUUCCUUCAAUGACGCCGCCAGAAGUUCCCAAGACAGCGCCCUCAUCGGCCCACCCGCCCUCGAAUACGCACCAUACAACCGCGUGCCUGGAAACCGACGUAAACAUGAUAGCCGACAAGGUACCAUUGACCAGGAUCAAGAGUUCAAAGAUUUCUUGGAGAGCUUGACAAACCCCAUCACCAAGCCUGCAGUUCCAGAGGGAGACACCCAGAAAGAAAACAAGGUCACUACCACUCCUCUGAUUGAAGCUUUGCGGGAAAAGAAAGCAAAUAAGGAGAAGCCGCAGGCAAAAGGAAAGCAUGGACGUGGUGAGCCGAAGGACGACGGGGAUAAGGCGGAUAAGAAGAUUCUUAGCAAGAGUAGCAAGGAAACCCCAUCCAGCACCACUGAAAAGGGACGAAAAGCCGCCAAGGCCGACAAAGCAGCGAAGGAGGCGGUCAAAGUUCUCAAGGAAGCAGCUGCAAGUAAAGAUGCUGCGGCUGAGAAGGCUGCUCCGGCUCAGACUCCCGAACGAAAGCGUGGAAACGCCAGCAUCGCAAAAUCUAUUGUAUCCCGCGAUUUAGGCCUUGCUCCUGGCCCUGCGCGCCGACGAGGCGGAAAGGCGGAAGCCACCGCCACUACCGCCGCACCUGCUACUACCACGCCCAACGAGAGCAUGCCAGCGGACAAGCAGAAAGCUGGCAAGGUACCUGCUGUUCCACCCCCGGUGUCCAGUCCCGAGAAGGCUAUUGCUGCCUCUCCGAAGAAGAACUCUCGAGCCGAGCGACGGGCUGGCAAGGGCAACGUCGGGGAGAAACCAAAUAAGACGGCAAAUGGAGAUUCAAAGCAACAGACUAAGACAGCUCCGGCGCCUGCCCCUACCAUCCUCAAGAAACCGCAAACGCCGACCACACCGGCGCCUCCAAAAGGCCCCGCCGCAGCACGUUCUCCCCCGACCGAGCCAGCUGCUUCGCGAAGCACCCCGUCUCAACCCCAAAAUAAGGGUGAGGCUGCUCCUACCCCACGUCCACAAGCGCCCGCGAAGACUCCGGCUACUACUGCGGCUCCUGCGCCAACUGGUCGUCAGGCGUUCUUGAAACAUGCCAAUCCAUCUCAGGGCAUUACCGAGGCGCUCAUUGAAGAGGCAUUCAAGGCUUUUGGCGCCAUCGAAAAAGUCGAAAUCGAUAAACGCAAAGGGUUUGCCUAUGUCGAUUUCGUCGAGCCACAAGGUCUCCAGAAAGCCAUUGCAGCAAGCCCAGUCAAGGUAGCACAGGGCGCAGUCCAGGUCCUGGAGAGGAAGGAUAGGGUCGUGAGGAACAAUCGCCCUCACCCAGUUCCCCAUCUUCCUCCUCCCCCUGGGCCAGCUCGUGGCCGUGGCGGUUUCUCAGGACGCGGGCGCGGCCGCGGUGGAGCGAGGGGCUCAGCUCAUGGGCCGGUAGAAGGAGCUCCGUCACCAGCAGCACAUGCAUCUACCCCAGCUGCUCCGUCAACUGGUACGACUUGAACGAGCAGUGGACUGUAGAUCAAGAAUCUGAGAGAGCCGCCGAAAGAACACUAUCUCACAGCAUCACAGUGUUGACCUCGGUAAUACCGUUGUCAAAGGACUCUUAUCCUCUGGCAUACUUAUACGAAAGGAAGCCCGUAAUUGAUAGUGUCUAUGUGAUGCCCGCCCGAUUCGGCGUUUACGAGGCCGUUCCGAGGUCGUGGUGAUGCAACUGCACAUCAAUGGAUUGUAGGAUGCAAUGAUGAAGCAAGGUGGUGAGAGCAGUUUGCUUUGAGGGGUAGAGAUAAGGAGGAUGGUUGCGGACACCUUUGUAUGGACGGGGCUAUGGGAGCCAUUCAAAGCCAAUAUGGAUAUGUGGUAUUGUGUAGUCGGUCAAACUCAAAUGGGUUUGCAACCUAAUAUGGCAUUUUCUCUUCCCCGCAUUCACUUGAGUGAGGUCUCCUGGUACGUGGUAGAAGAAU